UCUUGGAGGCUCUCACACUUCAUGCUGCAGUCAGGAGCUCGGGGAAUCCAGCAUGAUUCUUCUUACCGUGCUGUUCCUUUGCAUCAUUUCCACCUACUCGGCCUCUGUUAAAGGGCACACUACUGGACCAAGCUUAAAUAAUGACAAGCUAUAUAAAUUUGCUUACUCAGCUGAAGUGUAUGUUGAUCGGGUGAAAGCAUCAUUGCAGGAAAGUGCAGGAUACCGGAUUUCUUCUGGUGUGGAUGUCAACCUCUUAUGGAGAAAUCCUGACAAUGAUGAUGACCAGUUGAUCAAAAUUACGAUAAGAGAUGUUCAAGUUGAAAAUGUGAAUGAACGUCCAGCUGCUAAAAACAUCUUCAAAGGAAAAAGCACAGAGAAGAUCAUCGGGAAGGAAUAUCUGGAAGCUUUACAGAGGCCCAUAGUUCUUGAGCUAGUCCGUGGAAAAGUCAAAAACUUCUACUCGUAUGAAAAUGAACCUGGUUUUACUCAAAAUAUAAAGAGAGGUCUGGCUAGCCUUUUCCAGCUACAGCUGCACUCGGGUGCUGCCCGUGAGGUGGACAUAUCUGGGAAAUGCAAUACUACUUACAACGUGCGGCAAGAUCAAGUGACUAAAAUAAAAGCUCUGGACUCCUGUGAAAUAGAAAAACAAGGAUUUACCACCCACAACCAGAUUUUAGAUGUCAGUACAAAAGCCACAUCUGCCACAAUUUAUGUGCUGGAAGACAGUUUCAUUAAAUCCAUUAAGGCAGAAGAAAAUUUUGUUUUGCUUCUGAAUUCCCGACGAAAAACAGGUGCCAAAAUAGUUUCAAAGCAGAGACUGGAACUGAAGUCAGUACAAGCUGGCCCUGGACUGAUCGCUGGGAAGCAAGUCACCAGUGUUAUCAAGACCUUGGACUCCAGUUACAUUGCCAUGCCACUAGUAGCAGAGCCAGUCAAAUCCGAAUGCAAAAAGUGUCCUUCACUUUCUGAACACUGGCAGAGCAUCAGAGAACAUAUGUAUCCUGAAAAACUCUCCAAAACUGAAGCGGCAAGAAGUUUUUUGUCCUUCAUUCAGAACAUCAGAAAAGCUACCAAAGAGGAGAUACUGCAGAUUAUUAGAAGUGAAAACAAAGAACUUCUCCCACAGGUAGUAGAUGCUGUAACCUUUGCUCAGACCCCAGCAUCGCUGGAGACCAUGCUGGAGUUUCUUGACUUUAAGGAUGCAAGCACUUCCACCCUGCAGGAGCGAUUCCUGUAUGCCUGUGGAUUUGCUUCUCACCCUAGUGAAAUGCUCCUGAAAUCUUUAACUGCUAAGUUCAAGGGUGAUAUUGCAAAUGAAGAAAUCAGAGAAACUCUUGUCAUUGUCAUGGGAGCACUCAUCAGAAAGCUAUGUGACAGAGAAGGCUGCAAGCUUCCAGCUGUUGUGGAAGCCAAAAGGCUGAUUCUAAAUAGACUGGAGAAAGCUAAGAAAGAUGACAAUGUGAGGAUGUACCUGCUGGCACUGAAGAACGCACUCGUUCCCGAAGCAAUUCCACUGCUCCUGAAGUACGCUGAGUCAGAAGAAGGGCCCAUCAGCAAUCUUGCUGCCACUGCCUUACAGAGAUAUGAUCCUUCUUUUCUCACCAAAGAGGUGAAGGAAACAAUGAACAGGAUAUACCACCAGAAUCGUAAAGUCCACGAAAAGACAGUGCGAACCACUGCAGCUGCUAUCAUCUUAAACAGUAACCCAUCCUACAUGGAAGUGAAAAACAUCCUGCUCUCCAUUGGUGAACUGCCUCUGGAAAUGAACAAGUACAUGCUCUCCAUGAUCCAAGAUAUACUUCACUUUGAAAUGCCUUCAAGCAAAACAGUUCGGCAAGUUCUGAAGGAUAUGCGGGCUCAUAACUAUGAUCGCUUCUCCAAGACAGGCUCUUCCUCUGCCUACUCCGGCUACAUUACACGUGGUCCUGACGUAUCAUCCACGUACAGCCUUGACAUCCUCUAUUCAGGCUCUGGCAUUUUAAGGAGAAGUAACAUGAACAUCCAUAUUUUCAAUAGAAAUGCUGAACUUCAUGCUAGCCAGGUGGUGAUUGAAGCUCAGGGUCUGGAGUCCAUAAUAGCUGCAACUCCUGAUGAAGGCGAGGAAAACCUGGACUCCUUUGCUGGCAUGUCAGCCAUUCUGUUCGAUGUCCAACUCAGGCCAGUUACAUUUUUCCAAGGGUAUGGUGAUUUAAUGUCCAAAAUGUUCUCAGCAACUGGAGAUCCCAUUAACGUGGUGAAAGGACUUCUCCUCCUGACAGAUUACUCACAGGAGAUUCAGCUGCAGUGCGGGCCGAGGGCCAGCGCGGAGUUCCUGGGCGGCCGGGCCAUCGACAUCUCAGGAGGGAUGGAGUUCAGCCUGUGGUACAGGGAAUCCAAAACCAACGUCAAGAAUCGGGUAGCCAUGUUUAUAGCUGGUAACACUGAGGUGGAUUCCUUCUUUGUAAAAACUGGUAUGGAAACCACUUUGGAAGUAGAAACGACAUUAGACUUCAUCUCUACGGUGCAGUUUUCAGAGUACCCAUUUUUAGUCUGUAUGCAGAUGGACAGAGUCGAGUCUCCGUUCAGGCGUUAUGUGACUAAGUAUGAAAGCCUACCGUCUGGCAGACGGUACACUGCAAGGAGAGGGAAAGCAGAACUGUUGGCAGGAAAUGAAUACCCUCUCCAUCAAGAAAACUCCAACAUGUGCAGGAAGGUUUUUGCUGCAAAGUCUGAUUCCUCCAGCAACUGGUUUUGAAAUGAGCACCUGAGCUUUUGCUUUCCUGAAUCCACGGCUCCCUCAACGACUUAGGCUUGUACGUACCGUACUAACUUGGAGCUUGAUCCUGCACUACUGCAGUUAAUGGGAAAUUUGACGUUAAUUUCAACAGGCCAGGAUCAAACUCUCAGUGCGUGCACACUGUUUACAUAUUAACCUAUAUUUAAGACUUUUGUAAAAAAAAAAAAAAAGCUAAGGCAAAUAAAGACCAAUUUGGUAGU